UAUUUGUGGCCGGCGUGGUGGAAGGACACAGUGAGGUUCUCACCCCCGCCCCCCUCUCCCAUCCCCAGUUCCAUCAAAGCGAACCCGGGCCAGCGCAAGGAUCUCCGAGUUGCGAGUGUGCUGAGGCUGGGACUGUCACUCAUUCUCCGCUCAGCGCGUGAACGCAGCUCGGCAGCCGCUGGCAGGAAACAAUUCUGCAAAAAUAAUCAUACUCAGCCUGGCAAUUGUCUGCCCCUACGUCUGUUGCUCUGCCGCCGUCCACACUUGCUGCAAAAGGGGAACACAGAAUUUACCGCGGCAAGAACAUCCCUCCCAGACAGCAGAUUACAAUGCUGCAAACUAAGAAUCUCAUCUGGACUUUGUUUUUCCUGGGAACUGCAGUUUCUCUGCAGGUGGAUAUUGUUCCCAGCCAAGGGGAAAUCAGCGUCGGAGAGUCCAAAUUCUUCUUAUGCCAAGUAGCAGGAGAUGCCAAAGACAAGGACAUCUCCUGGUUCUCUCCCAGUGGAGAAAAGCUCAGCCCAAACCAGCAGCGGAUUUCAGUGGUGUGGAAUGAUGACUCUUCCUCCACUCUCACGAUCUACAAUGCUGACAUCGAUGAUGCUGGCAUUUACAAGUGUGUGGUCACUGGUGAGGACGGCAGUGAGUCUGAGGCCACCGUCAAUGUGAAGAUCUUCCAAAAGCUCAUGUUCAAGAAUGCACCGACUCCUCAGGAGUUCAAGGAAGGGGAAGAUGCUGUGAUUGUAUGUGAUGUGGUCAGCUCUCUCCCCCCAACCAUCAUCUGGAAACACAAAGGCCGAGAUGUCAUUCUGAAAAAAGAUGUCCGAUUCAUAGUCCUGUCCAACAACUACCUGCAGAUCCGAGGCAUCAAGAAAACAGAUGAGGGCACUUACCGCUGUGAGGGCAGAAUCCUGGCAAGGGGGGAGAUCAACUUCAAGGACAUUCAGGUCGUUGUGAAUGUGCCGCCCACUGUCCAGGCCAGGCAGAGCAUUGUGAAUGCCACCGCCAACCUGGGCCAGUCUGUCACCCUGGUGUGUGAUGCAGAAGGCUUCCCAGAGCCCACAAUGAGCUGGACAAAAGAUGGAGAACCAAUAGAGAAUGAGGAAGAUGACGAGAAGUACAUCUUCAGUGAUGACAGUUCUGAGCUGACCAUCCGGAAAGUGGAUAAGAAUGACGAAGCUGAGUACGUCUGCAUUGCUGAGAACAAAGCUGGGGAGCAGGAUGCGUCCAUCCACCUCAAGGUCUUCGCAAAACCCAAAAUCACAUAUGUAGAAAAUCAGACUGCCAUGGAGCUGGAAGAGCAGGUCACUCUCACCUGUGAAGCCUCAGGAGACCCCAUUCCCUCCAUCACCUGGAGAACUUCCACCCGAAACAUCAGCAGCGAAGAAAAGGCUUCGUGGACUCGACCCGAGAAGCAAGAGACUCUGGAUGGGCACAUGGUGGUGCGUAGCCACGCCCGAGUGUCAUCCCUGACCCUGAAAAGCAUCCAGUACACAGAUGCGGGAGAGUACAUCUGCACGGCCAGCAACACCAUCGGCCAGGACUCGCAGUCCAUGUACCUUGAAGUGCAAUAUGCCCCCAAGCUACAGGGCCCUGUGGCUGUCUAUACUUGGGAAGGGAACCAGGUAAACAUCACCUGCGAGGUAUUCGCCUACCCAAGUGCUACAAUCUCCUGGUUCCGAGAUGGUCAGUUGCUGCCAAGCUCCAAUUACAGCAAUAUCAAGAUCUACAACACCCAUUCUGCCAGCUAUCUAGAGGUGACCCCAGACUCUGAAAAUGAUUUUGGAAACUACAACUGUACUGCAGUGAACCGCAUUGGACAGGAGUCCCUGGAAUUCAUCCUUGUGCAAGCAGACACCCCAUCUUCACCAUCCAUCGAUCAGGUGGAGCCAUACUCCAGCACAGCACAAGUGCAGUUUGAUGAGCCAGAGGCCACAGGUGGAGUGCCCAUACUCAAAUACAAAGCUGAAUGGAGAGCACUGGGUGAAGAAGUAUGGCAUUCCAAGUGGUAUGAUGCCAAAGAAGCCAACAUGGAGGGCAUUGUCACCAUCAUGGGCCUGAAGCCCGAGACAACCUACACAGUCCGACUGGCAGCCCUCAAUGGCAAGGGGUUAGGCGAGAUCAGUGUGGCCUCCGAAUUCAAGACACAGCCAGUCCAUAGCCCUCCUCCACCAGCUCCUGCUAGCUCUUCUACCCUUGCUCCAUUGUCUUCACCAGCUACAACCUGGCCUUUUCCUGCCCUUACAGCCACAGAACUGUCUAAAGGGGAGCCCAGCGCACCUAAGCUAGAAGGGCAGAUGGGAGAAGACGGGAACUCCAUUAAGGUGAACUUGAUCAAGCAGGAUGACGGCGGCUCCCCCAUCAGGCACUACCUGGUCAAGUAUCGAGCGCUCUCCUCGGAUUGGAAACCAGAGAUUAGGCUCCCGUCGGGCAGUGACCAUGUCAUGCUCAAGUCGCUGGACUGGAAUGCCGAGUAUGAAGUCUCCGUGGUGGCUGAGAACCAGCAAGGAAAAUCCAAGCCAGCUCAUUUUGUGUUCAAGACCUCAGCCCAGCCCACGGCUAUCCCAGCCACCUUGGGAGGCAAUUCUGCAUCCUACACCUUCGUCUCAUUGCUUUUCUCUGCAGUAACUCUUCUUUUGCUCUGUUAGAAACUUGAACACAAAUUAAAUCUGCUUAAAAGCUCAAUUCCUAUGAAAAUGAUCAGGGCCCCCUUGGAAGAACCUGUCAGAACCAUUACGGCCCUGCCACACGGCCACUGAGUGAGCAUUCUGUGUGCAAGAGGAAGGUUUUGCAAUUUGAAAAAGCUUUACCUCCUGCCAUUUUGCCAUUCGCACAUACUUUUGUGCCACUUCAUAAGGAGUUUGCCCCCUUUCUAAUGGCAGUUAAAAGAAUUUGAUGGCUCUUCCCUUAAACAUUGGGUUUUUUUUAAAGCAUUGUGCUAGGUUUACAGAGAAUGUUCUGCAUAUCUGCUACUCGUUGCACUUUUUGUAGCAGAGGAAGAAUUCUAAAAUCUCCUAAAGCUUGCCUCAGAUUAUUGAAAUCAACACACCCCCUCAUUCUAACUAUGUGCCCCUCCUCGGCCCUUCAGUAAGUAGUUGGCUUUGCUUGCAUUGAAGUAUUUAAGUGCCUGUGUUGAAAGAGCCAUUCGUGGCAAUUCACCUGUGUACUCUGCUGAUAUGCUGGAUAAAUUAAGUCCCCUGUUGCUCAGUAUUAUAACCAGCACCUUCAGCUGUCUCUGUGAAGAAGGCCAAGCUGUGAUGUGUCCAGCACUUGUUGGCUUUGGAAGGUGCUUGUCUCCUCGUGGAGGUGAUUCUCCUGCUGCAUAGCAGUGUGUCACUGGUCAGCACAGAGCCUCUGAGUCUUGAGGGCUGUGGUUCAUCCACGACCCGCCUUGUCACCAUAAGCAUCCCUGUACAGGCAGGUUGGAAGCAUCCACUGCGAACCAGGCACGAGUCCCUCACCUUCUGUGCACACAUUCAGGAGUACUGAGUGGAAGAGGCAGGCCGCUCCCAGCCCACCCAGCCCCCGCCUCCCAACUGGUUAGAUGGUUCAGUGAUACUUUUGACGUGUUCCUCAACAGCCAGGUGCUCCUGUUUGCUAUUGCGGAGGUCACCCAGGAGAGGAGGUGGGUGGCUUUUGGUAUCGUGGGAUGCAUAGAGACCCAGGGCUGAACCCCUAUGAGCGUGUGAACAUGGAGACAGACCUUCUACCAAAUAAAAUCUCCCUCCCCCGUUGUGGUCAUUUAUCAUUCUACCUAUUGCUUCUCCGAACAUCUCCAUACAAGUUUGAUUUUCAUUCCUUUUGUUCCUUAUGUAUUUUUUCAUUGUUAUUUUUUAAUGUUAAAAGACUAGCCUUUCUCUUUGAGAAUCCACCUGACUCGAAGCUGUGGCCUGAGGUCAGAGUCACCUAUGUUGGCAUCCACAGUGUCCCCAGCAUUCACUAUAGAGGCUCUGGGUGGCUCAGCAGCUCACACAAGCAGCUUCUAUCCCCAUCCACAAACUCCUGCCUUCAAGCCCUGGCCUAGUGUCACACCAGGGCAGUGACACCAGAUGGCUCUCGGGCACAGGGCCAUGGAGAGGGUAGUACAGCACCUGCAGAGCCCGGUAUGAGAACCCUAAGUCAGUUAGGAAGAGCUGCAGGGAGGGCAGUCCUCCUAACGCUUCUGAUUACCCUGGGCAGAAGUCCAUGUAUUCACACUAUGGGAGCUCAUCUCAGGGAUCUGCCUCAGCUUGGUCCCAGGCCCAUGGACAGGAGAGGUCUUUGGAAAUCUAGCCCUAAAUGCAAAGAGGCCCGGCAUGGCCUUGUGCCCUCAGCACAUCCUAGGGCUGGGCAGCUCUCAGCUGGGAAAGCUCUGGGGUCAUCGCAGCAGGUUACCAACCUGGCCUGUGGCUGGUGUUAAUAAUUUGCCCUUCGAGAGCCAGCAUUAGUAUGCACUGGCUCUCUUGAGACACUGAGUUCCUGGUGAAGGCUACAGCCCCCAUCCCCACUAGGAGUCCUUAAGAGUGGUCCUCAAAGAGUCCUGCAGGAGUGAGCACUCCUCAUCUUCUCGUCCACCUUGCCUUUGUGCUCUGUGUUAGCUCUGGCCACAUGCCAUAUACCCUGAGGUUUCUCUGCUCAUUUUUGGAAUAUUUAUACAGCAGGUUUGAAUCACGUUUUUCUACUAAUAAGAAUGCUAACGUUGUGUAGAUAAUCAGCGAGGCCUUUAUGAAGUUUACACCUUUGCAUUAUUAAAGGAUAUAACAGUUCAUGUGAACUUACCAGAGUGUUUUGAUUUUAUUUAGUAGUUGUGUGCUCAACACAGUAUUAAAAGAGCUUUCCCUCCACCUCUCCCAUACCUGAUAAGUGAUUACCUCUCAAGUUUGGAGUUCUAACCAGACAAAAUCCUUGCUUUUCCUUGUAAGAAGCAGUAUAUGUUUCUUAGCCACCCUGAGGAGUGUUAUAGGUCAUUUCUGUCUUGGAAUCCACAGCAGACAGAAGGAGGGGGAAAUGCCUUUGCAGAACUGAGAAGAUGGAAACUCUGGGGACCAGGGCACAUUCCGAGCCACCAGAUGCACAGCUCUGUAGCAAGGCCUUCUGAUCAUAUAGAAACCUUUAUUCCUAACAGAGGCCAUACAGGAUCUUGUGAUACACAGAAACUCAGAGGAGGUUCUUUUUUAGCAAACUGUGUUUUGUUUGUAAUCACACUCAGACACCGCUUGCAAGACCCUGAGACCAGCUGUCUUUGUAGCCAUUUCCAGGAAGGAGCAAACAGACAUUUAAGGGAUUUGAGUGAACAGGAAUCCCAACUUCACCAUUCUGAGAGUCUUGACUGCCUAGGAGGCUGAGAGGGAAUUUUGGCAUCCAGGUCCUAUGGCAUGAAAGCUCCGGCCUAUCCAGGCACCCGUAAAGUGUGAGACCCAUUCUUCCACUUUUAAGGCACAAGAAAGCAGGCACAUAUGAGUCAUACUUUGGGAGCAGGGCAGUUUCUACUUGAGUGCCAACCUUCCCUGAGCCAGGAACCACAGAAGACAGACAGCCCCUGCCAAAUAAUUUUACUCAGGGCAGCUCUGACCUCAGAGGUUAUGGAGGAACUGCUCCCAAGAAGCCUUCUUUGCAUGCAAGGUGCAUGGGUGAGUUAGUCAGGGUAAAAGGGGAAAUCAUGGGAAAGAUAGAUCCCUAAAGAUUUUCCCUUUAUGAAAUGUUACAUGAGAUGCAGGAGACAGUCUUUGUCCCAGUAGCUUUCCUGGACUAAAUAAUUCUGUAACAUCAACUGAGAGGGAGUAAGUUGGCUUGCCUUGAAUAUCCUUCCAACUGCACUGUGCUCUCUCCUUGAUUUAGAGCUUCUUUCUGUAAAUGUGGCCAGCAUUCUCCCUGUAGCAUGAAUAGCACCUCACUUGCUCUAGAAGUCUCAAUUCUUCGCAGUGUUGGCCUCAGUGAUGCUUUGCAUUUAAGAGAGUCUUUGCUUUCUCUCAGUCUAUCCUGUACAUCAAGCUAAGUGCUUUGUCAGAUCAUCGAGCAAGAGGCACAGUUCCUCCAUAGUGAGGUAUCACGGGAUCAGCUGUGAUUCACUGUGACGCAGGGAAGGGAAGAACUAGGAAUGGUGGACCUCGAAUGUAUCAUCUGGGGUACUUGUUCAAAUUCCAAUUCCUGACUCUUACCCCCAGUUAAAAGGUGUUUGUUUUUCAAACAAAAAUAAAAUCACAAGGGUCGGUGAUUAGAGAGAAUCUACUGAGCAUUCUACUCUUCCAGGAAAAGAAUCCUCGGUACUCAUGGUGGAGACUGGCCUUAGGGAAUCUGAACCUGUGCUAGGUAAUUAGAACAUCUGACUUGAAUGAUAGGUCCUUGUGGUUAAAGAGGACACCCUCUACCCAAGGCCCCAUUGAAUACAGUGAGCUCAUCCAGAGCAUUAUAACAUCACCUCCAAGAAGUUGUCCUGCCUCUGCUUGAAUGCCUCCAGCAACCAGGAGCUGGCCUGCACUUUGUGUGACCAGCUCUGUUAGUCUUUUUUUUAUACGAAGCCACCAUCUUCGGAGCCGCCAUCUUCACCGCACCCCCGCCCAUAUUUGACAUUUGCCGGUUCAAUGCAGAAUAAGGUUCCUGUUCCUUCUCACAGCAGACCUUUAAAUACAUGGAAACAAUGUUAUCUUCUACAGGCUAAACACUCAUUCAUGUAACAAAUACUCUGUGAAAAUUUUCUGAGUCAGAGUCAUCCUAGAAGCAUGGGAGAGAAGAGAGUGAGGCACUUUCUAGGGUAUUCUGGAAGAGACAACCAGAAAUAAUAAGCACAGAAAUGAUCAGAAGAUGGCAGGGCAUGGUAAGAAGAAUGAAUGAGAAAUGUGGUAGGAAAUGAUUUGGGGGUGCUUCACUAGAGAACAGAACAAGGAAAACUUCUUUGAAAAGGUGACAAAGGGCCUGAGGCCUGUAAGAGAGCAAACAGCCAUCCUUGAAAGUGCUCCUGAAGGGGGAGAAUAUUCCAGGCAAAAAAUCAGUCAGGCCCUGGGGCAAUGACCUAUGUGAUCAGCAGGUAGAGUAUAGACUGGCCUGGUUGGAUCACAGGAACCCAGCGUCCUGCCCUCAUUUACGCAAGUCAGAGGCCAUACAACAUGUAGAGCCUAGGCCAAGGAAAGGCUUUGAAAUUUACAUCAAAUGAAAGUAGAGACCACUGCCCUACUUGUGGUUUAUGCCACAUUGCAGUCUUUUCACCCACCUGUCUCUCCUUUCCAUCGUCCUUAGAUCCAGUGUGGCCUGCAGCUGUACCUGAUGAGCCUGAAGCAAAAUCGGUCCCAGCUGCAUCCUCUUGUGCACAUAGAGCAUUGACUCUGUGUUGUCAUGCGGACCUCAGAAUGUAGAAUGAGUCCAUGCCAUUGAGUCCAAACUACAGAUAUAGCCCACAUACACACCAAAAACAAAAAACAAAAAACUUCAGCCUCUUCAAGAAGUAGGCAUUUUAUACCUAGCCGAUACUGGAGUCAAAAGGCUACAGUGGCUUCAAGCCCAGCAUCAAGAGAUAGAGAGAAAUUACAGGCCUAAAUGACUUCCCAGCUUUGGAGCCUAAAAAGAUCAGGAAGGUCUGCAUCUCUUUCUUUGUUUUUUGGGUGCAAUGUAGAUAGAUGAGCAAAUGGAUGUAUGGUUUUGUUAUGCAGCCAACCAGAAGCGCCUCUGCAUUUUAUCUAGUUAUUGAGAAAAUGCCCCACUCUAGCUAAAGGCUGGCUUCUUGGUGCGAAAGCCCACAAACAAGGUAACCAAAGUCUCUCACCAGUCUCAGGCCAUCGUGGAGGAAUGGGCUAGGGUGGAAAGGGCCAGCCAGAAAGCCUGAGGAGGAAAGGCUGGGAAGUAAGACAAGGUCCUAUAGGGGACCAAAACAUUUGGGAACCAGGGAGUCUUAGCUUGCAAACAACAGCUUGUGAGUGGUCCUCUCCAGCAUGCUGCUCUGAUGGCUGGUACCCUGGAUGAAAUUUAAAAGGACCAGCGGAGUGGCACUGCUACAAGAUAAGCACUAGAGUUCCUGGGCAAAGACCCUGCAGUACACAGAGCUUCUCCUUCCAGAGAACAGGUCAUGGAGAAGAGAACAGUGGCUAUCAUAGUGCUGCUUACCUUGUGUUAUAUGUUCUUCCUGUCAUCUGGCAUGAUUGUCAGUUCACUGGGCCUGGCCAGGCACUCAGCAAAGUGAGCCAAAUAUGGGGUCAGGUAGAGCAAAGCCCCAAGUAGUGUUGGCCUCAGUUCCUCCCUCCAGUCUACAGACCUUCCAAGGAUGCUUGAGACAAGGUCUGGUGGUAGAAUGGAGCUAUACACAGUUCUGGACCUUCCAGAAGAAAACUAAAUCAUAAGUGCCCAUUAUUCCAGCUAGGGUCCUUGUGUCCCCAUGGACACAGGCAGAGCUCUGCAUAGAUUUUUGCUGCCCACAGCACUAUCAGUGGUCUCCAGAAGACUGAUGAGAACCACCAAGAGGCCAACAGGUCUAUCCCAAGCAGUUAACAUCCAUCAUGGCCACACAGAUAGCUGAACAUGUCCCCUUCUGUGUUAGUACCAAGAGCCCAAACUCUGGAGGACUAUAGAUGGUCUCCCGGGGGUCUAGACAGAGAGGCUGUCUUUGAAAGUGAGCCAAGCCAGAAUUGGGGGGCUGGGUGGCUGCUGGGAGGUAAGAAUGUAUCUGUGUGGGCAUUCGUCCUGCAUAUGAGUGUGCCUGUCUGUGUGAGUGUGCACCUCUGGGUGAGUCAGCUGGUUUUCCUGAAGUCUGACCCAAGCGUGCUUGGCUCCCAGAAGGUGAGUAUUCCCAGACCCUUCACCUUACCCACCAGGCCUGGGGAGGCUGCCACAUCUCCAGAGUCUCAUGGGCUGCAUUCAUUUUUCUGAGGUGCAGCAAAAAAGGGGGUGGCUUGUGAGUCCAGUGCACUCCAGUUUUGGGAUCCUUUGGAGUUAUUCCUAAAAAGGCAAGAGGAAGGGCACAAGGAAGCCCUGGGAACCCCAUUUGGGAUCCUGCCCCUCACUGUUCUCAGAGCCACUGCCUAGCCUGAAGCUAGUGACCAUGCCUACUGCCCUGAAAAGCCCAGGGAACACACAGCAGUCCCCUCUAGCUGUGUCUUCAUCCAGUGUCCUCCAGCACUGUCCAGCUGUGAGUCUGGCUCUGAGGACUCACAGCUCUGGCAGGACCCAGGCUUUGAGAGCAGGAAGGAGACAUAUCUCCCAAGCCCCAUUCUUAUCCCAAGCAGAGGAAGCCCCACCUCCCCACCCCAAGAUGAGAUGAAGCUGUCAUCUCUCCCCUUGGAAGAUACAGAGAAACCCUGUCAUCUCCAUAUCAGUGCGUAGAAAACCCCAGGGAAGGUAGUACUCUGGGUAUGAAAGACUUGGCUUUGUGCUCUGGGCCCUGCCCUACCCCAAGAACUGUUGCUUACAGGGUCGGGACUUGCAUCUCAUCCUGUUAACAUUUGGCCAUCUCUUUCUCA